CCAGGUUGUGGUUCCGCCAAUGAUCCUGUGAGUGCUGGGGAGUCACUGCUGCCCCUAGGGGCCCCUGUCCUGGAUUGGUCCACCUGCCUGCCGCCAGCAUGGCGUCCGACACCCCCGAGUCCCUGAUGGCCCUCUGCACCGACUUCUGCCUGCGCAACCUGGAUGGCACAUUGGGCUACCUGCUGGACAAGGAGACUCUGCGGCUGCAUCCAGACAUCUUCCUGCCCAGCGAGAUCUGUGACCGGCUCGUCAAUGAGUAUGUGGAGCUGGUCAACGCCGCCUGCAACUUUGAGCCACACGAGAGCUUCUUCAGCCUUUUCUCAGACCCCCGCAGCACCCGCCUCACCCGGAUCCACCUCCGCGAGGACCUGGUGCAGGACCAGGACCUGGAGGCCAUCCGCAAGCAGGACCUGGUGGAGCUGUACCUGACCAACUGCGAGAAGCUGUCCGCCAAGAGUCUGCAGACGCUGAGGAGCUUUAGCCACACCCUGGUGUCCUUGAGCCUCUUCGGCUGUGCAAACAUUUUCUACGAGGAGGAGAACCCAGGGGGCUGUGAAGACGAGUGCCUCGUCAACCCCACCUGCCAGGUGCUGGUCAAGGACUUCACCUUUGAGGGCUUUAGCCGCCUACGCUUCCUCAACUUGGGUCGCAUGAUCGACGGGGUCCCUGUGGAAUCCCUGCUCCGGCCACUCAACUCCCUGGCUGCCUUGGACCUCUCAGGCAUCCAGACGAGCGAUGCAGCCUUCCUAACCCAGUGGAAAGACAGCCUGGUGUCCCUUGUGCUCUACAACAUGGACCUUUCAGACGAUCACAUCCGGGUCAUCGUCCAGCUGCACAAGCUGCGACACCUGGACAUCUCCCGAGACCGCCUCUCCAGCUACUACAAGUUCAAGCUGACUCGCAAGGUGCUGAGCCUCUUUGUGCAAAAGCUGGGGAACCUGAUGUCCCUGGACAUCUCUGGCCACAUGAUCCUGGAGAACUGCAGCAUCUCCAAGAUGGACGAGGAGGCAGGGCAGACUAGCAUUGAGCCUUCCAAGAGCAGCAUCAUGCCUUUCCGGGCCCUGAAGAGGCCACUGCAGUUCCUUGGGCUCUUCGAGACCUCCCUGUGCCGCCUGACACACAUUCCCGCCUACAAAGUAAGUGGUGACAAAAAUGAGGAGCAGGUGCUGAAUGCCAUAGAGGCCUACACAGAGCAUAGGCCUGAGAUCACCUCCCGAGCCAUCAACCUGCUUUUUGACAUCGCACGCAUCGAGCGCUGCAACCAACUUCUUCGGGCCUUGAAGCUGGUCAUCACGGCCCUCAAGUGCCACAAGUAUGACAAGAACAUUCAAGUCACGGGCAGCGCUGCCCUCUUCUACCUGACCAAUUCUGAGUACCGCUCAGAGCAGAGCGUCAAGCUACGCCGACAGGUCAUCCAGGUGGUGCUGAAUGGCAUGGAAUCCUACCAGGAGGUGACGGGACCCUGUUCUGCCCCUGGGCCUCUGCUCAUGCUGACUCUUUAG